GGCGAAGUGGACGUGUCGACGGAUGUGGCAUUUUGUUGGUUCAGCUGUUCAAUCCAUAAAAUAGCAUAAAAGUAAAGUCUUAGUGUAUCACAAAAUUAUAAAAUAACGACAACAAUUACGUUUUAACAUAGCCACAACAUAAUACAGUGCAUAAGUUCUCAUUACACGAUAAUAUAUGUUGUUUAAGUGUGUGUAAAACAAAAUAAUAAAAAUACGCGCCUCAGCAAGUGGAGCGACACGCAGCCCGUAGCCCGUAGCGAGCUAAAAAGUUUAUUUCGAAAAUAGAAAUCGUUUAUUCAACUAAAGCAGUAAAUGAAUGGAUGUCGGUUGCAGAUUAACUCUGUGACACAGGCGAUCAAGGUGAAAUGAAAGUUAAUGUGAGAGAACGUGCUGAAUCACACUAUUGGAUUACCAUAUUUUGGUGUGCCUUGGGUGCAAUUGUCAUAGCCGGUAUCGCUGUAAUAUCAUAUUGGAUACGACGAUGCAGGACAUUACAAGCAAUCUACCGCCGGUGCAAUCCGCCGACGAGCUCAUUAUCAACAACAACUGCCGGCAGCAGGAGCAACUGCAACAGCAAAAGCAGCCGUUAUUGCUGCAAACUCAUACAGAGCCUCCAACGCAGCUCUUGCUUACUGAACAAAAACAACAGCGGGAACAAGCGUGCAAAUCCACAUAUUCUAUUUCCAACACCUCCACCACUACCAACAACCCCAACACCACUAGCACCACCACCAACACUCCCACCUCACCCCCACCAGCAAUUAACCCAACGAAGUCCAUUAACACACUCAUAUCCGGUGGCAGCAACCCCUUUACCCAUACACCAGCGCCACUACCACUACGACAGCAAAACCAAAAAGUUAUCACAAGAUCACAAUCAUCUAAAGUUAUACAAGAGUUGCAGCAAUUGCACCAUAAUAACAACAACUAUCAACAACAACAGCCGCAUACGCAUUCGAUCCACCAACUAAAGCAACAGCAAUCACUGCCGGCCACGCUACAUCCGCCGCAAACGGUUAACGGCAGUCAUCAUCCGCCACCUUCCAAGUCCGUCUCGAUACUCGUGUAUAAAACAUUGAAUACGGUCUUCAAGAGCAGUCGCAAGAUCAUUGUGCGCGUUUGUGAGGUUGCCAGCGCGAAAAAGUCAUUCACAAUGUUCAAAUUCAAUAAAGCGGCUGCGCAAAAUCGGGCUGAAAAUCGGGCGAACGCCUGCACCGGACACGAUCAGUUCGUGCGGCCACCAGUGCCCGAGAAGAAAGUUAAACACAUAAUGAAGAAAUUACACAAACAAAAUGGACUGAAACGCUCCAAUUCAGCGAUCGAAUUCGACGUAUCCGCGCUUACUGCCGCCAAUCGCCGGCACAUCUACAGCAGCAAUCGAUCAGCCAGUUCGGAACAAGAUAAUUCAGAUCAAUCCGAGCACUCGGAAAAAUCACCAUUGGUUAGCGCGAGGCCAAAUUUGAAAUAUCAAUACUCGGCGCUGGAUAGCGGCAAUGGCAUUGUGGAGCGCAGUCCACGUGAGCGUGCACAACGCGAGCGCGCACUUAACGCAUUGCAGGAGUGGGUGCAGAACUCGAAUGGUCGUUACGAGAUAAUCGCACAUUUGGAUGAAAUUGGCUCGCGUCAUGGCAAGAAUUGGUUUCUCGUGACCGAUGCGACGGUACGCACGGAUCGUCUACUGACACUAUUGCCACUCCCACCGGACUGUGUCGCCUUCGAGGAUUUGCCCGCCAAUGAGAAUCCGAAACCCAUGCUAAUGGAAUUGCUCGGCUCACUGCAUCACCCUUACAUAUAUCCGAUAUUGGAUUUGGGUUUUCUACAGCUUGGCUCAAGUAAUUUUGCCUGUCUGGUGACGCCAUUCAAUUCACGUGGUAGCUUAAAGGAUUUAAUUUAUAGGGCGCAAUGGAACGAGCCGUGGGCACGCAAAUAUACACGCAAACCCAACGGUUUGCCCGUCUCACAAGUUCAGCGGCUGGGUCGACAAAUCUUGGAGGCGUUGCUGUUUCUGAAAGAGCGCGGCUUCCCACUGCACGGACAUUUGCAUAGCGGAAAUGUGAUUCUACAAAAUGGCGCCGCCAGACUGUCCGGCCUGGAGAACGGUCUGCUCGGACUUAGUUCGCGCAUUAACGCUGUCAUGUGGUCGCGCAGUACAACGGAAAUCGAAAAUGUCGAUAUCAUUUGCUUCGGUCAUUUGUUAUAUGAAAUGUGUACCGGUCAGGAAAUGACCACACCCAAACCGUCCAUGCGGGUGCUCGAAAUGGAAUUAGAGCAUUACCCACAAAUUUUAGAUGUACUUGGCUUAAUAUUCGAACCGCCAAGCGGUGUAUGCCCCUCCGUCGAAGACCUAGUCUUAUGUGAUCUCUUCAGAAGCAUCGAUUUGCGUGAAUUACGUGGUCCCUGCUUUAGCACAAUCAAGCCGAGCCUAAGCAGAUCCACACUCAAUCUCUUGUAUGCCGUUAAGAAGCGACAAUGUGCAUCGCUCGGUAGUUCACUUAGCGAAAUGAGCUCACCGAGCACACCGCCAUCAACGCCACGCGACGGUCGACGCGGCUAUAGUCGAACAAUGGACUCUUUCGACAUAUCUAGCGACUCGGAGGAAGGAUUACUUGAUGAAAUACUCGUCGAUGGCAACUACCACCAACAACGCUUACAACAGCUGCAACGCAUACAAAACUAUCACCAACGUCAGCAUCAUUCCUAUCCGCAACACUACUACGACCAGUUCACAGCAUUAUCACACCAACGCCAAUAUCACACACAAAAUCAUCCUUUUAGGGAGAACAAACAGCUGGACUUUGACACGAUUGAAUCAUCACCCUUGCAUUAUUGUGAGAAUACCACCACCCAAUCCGAUGACAAUAUCUAUAGUACUCAAGAAAAUCAAAAGUCAACACAACAGUCACGACAGCAAAGGCACAUAGAGUCACCGUCUUCACCGCCACUGCCAGCACAUUUGCCAACAAUACGUUGUAGCUCCAGCAAUAAUUUGAAUGCACCAACAUUGGGUUCAAGUGCUGGUCGCUGCUCGUCGAGUAGUAGCACAAGUAUUGCUUCAACAACCGCCGGUGCUGCUUCAGCUGCUACCGCUGUCGCAACGCCAGCUGCAGCCUUUAUUGUGGAAGAAGAUAAGGACAUUGGCGAAAAUACAAUACAGGCAGGUCAAUUGGAGCUUGAAGCCGAUGACAGUACAUCAAACAAUGACAGCCCGGCUAGUAGUGAUUCAUCGGCGCACCAAGUUGACGCAAAUAGUCAAAGUCAUGUGAACGAUGAUGCAAAAGCAUCGACGUCAGCAGCGGCCGCCGCAACGAAUGGUGUAACCGCCGGCGGUUCAUUCAACCACCAACUAACGGCUGAUAUGUGCAACUAUAAGAAUUCAAAGAGUCGUCGACUCGAGUACUCACUCAAGUGUUUGAAGUAUGGACGCAGCAAUCCUUCGCAAGAUUCAGCUUUCGGAUCGCUUACCGACAAUGAUCUUUCGGUUGGUUCGUCCAGUUUUCGCAUAAGUAGUUUUCAGUCGAUAUCUUCGCCGAUUGAUGAGGGUGUAGAAGAUAUUAUAAUAGCAACAACAACAGGUGGCAAGGAAACUUGUUUAGAAUUAGCAACCAUACCGAGAAGUAUGGUGUCGCAGGAUUCGGCCAUAUCAUCGCCUUGUCGGGAAACGUCGCCAAGUAACUUUUUGAACAUAGAUGAUUGCAUGUCCGGCUCAUAUUCGGGCGCAUCCACUUCGUCCGGCUCUACAGGCAACAUACGUCCACAACAAUUUCCCGUCUCGCUUUCGCCUAAAAUACUCGUCACUGCCACUACUAAUUCUAGCAAUUCGUCACUAUCCUCAUCUAGCGCCGCACUACCCCAAGCACAACAAUUCGACCCACCCAAAAUACUAGUGAACGAUCAAAACUCUAUUUAUACAACAUCACCAUCGAAACGUAUCGGUACGAUUGAGGUCUUCUCACAAAAAUAUCGCGUCAGUUCGUUUGAGGAUAUGUCACCAAAUAAGCGCUCCUCUUCCGAUAAACUCUUAAAAAAUGUCAAUCGCAUGGCAUUCCGUUCACUCGAGGAGGAGCGACGUAUUGAUAGUGCUUUUAUGCCGAUUGCAGAUCGCACAAACUCGGAAAAUCGUGUCAACAUGCAGCGCGAUGAGAAAUACAAGAAACUUACACACGCCUCGUUCCGCAUCAGCAAGACGUCAAGCCAGGUAGUGGUCUACGACAACACCCCCAAUCAAAUGACGAGCACGUCACCGGUGGGCAAUAAAAGCGUCAUAGCCAGCGUUGAAAUGCAGCGUCCCGCUACGGCAUCGGGUUCGGUUAGCACGCGUCAAACAAUGUGGCGCGAUAGCAAGUUCUAUCGGAAGAAUCGCAUAGCUAAGUCCAAUGACUCGUUGCUGGAAACGUCGCCCAAUCACUCGGCGCGCCUGUCACCAUCUUCGUUGCGCGACAAUCACUACGAUAGCAGUUCCUCGUACGGCAGUCGCAGCCAAAGUCGACAAUCACUUAACCGUGGUAGUUCCAUCAAUGAAAUAUCUGGACUGAAUCAGGCAUUCAGUGCUGGUGGCGGAGUUGGUGGUGCUCAAGGUUUGGCAGUGACCACCAGCUUCUGUGGCAAUGCUAGUGCAAGCGGUGCUGGGCGUCGUUACUGCAGUUCGAAAAGCGAGGAUCUUGGUGAUACAAAUGACUAUUUACGUAUUAUGGAUGCACGAAAAUCAUAUUCGGAACGACAUCUGGUCACACUAACGAAAUUAAAACAAACAGCAAUCAAUAAUACAAUGAGCGGAAGUGAGCAAUGCUGCUUCUCCGAGGACGAAAUGAGCUUCUAUGAUGACAAUAAUGUUUACGGUUAUAUGUAUUAUAAUGAAAAGCAACAACAACAACAACAACAUCAUCAUCAUGCACACCAACACGCGAAACAGCAGCAUCGGCAGCAGCAACAAACUCAACAAGGGCAAGCGCGCCGCACACACUACAAUGCACAUCAGUCGACAAAACAAGCAAAAACACAACAACAACAACAAAUGCAACACAAUCACCAGCAACAGCAGAAAUAUCAGCAGCAGCAGCAGCAGCAGCAGCAACAACAAAAACAGUCUAAACGUGCCAACCCAAAUCAACAUAGCUGGAGCAGCUGCUCCAUCAAUCGCCUACGCACCACCAAUAUAAAGACCACCUCCUUGGCUACACUAUCCUGCCAUCAAAAUUUUAGCUCCACCGCUACAGCACAAUCCCCCUCGCCCAACGCGUCCAACACCACUGCUGCCGGCACGAUAGACGCAUUGCCACACGUCUCGCGCAGCGCUAUUUUCAAGUCGGUUGAUCACUUUGUCAACCUAACAGAUAAGAGCGGCGGCAACAGUGGUGCUACCGGCCGCGGCGACAGUGGCAGUGGCAGUGGCACGGGCACUGCCACCGACGACAACAGUUCCCCCGACGAUUCGCCAACACACCAGUCGCUGAGUGGCGCCGAGCUCUCAAAGAUUUUCGCUAUGCACGACGCCCAAAGCAGCCAGUGCAGUGAGGAGAAGACACCGCUGCUAGACAGCGUUGAGAUGUCGCCAAUCAGUCCAACCGAGACGGAGGAUUCGACCAACGGCGAAAAAAUGUGA